AAUCCCCCCCCCCCACCCACUCCACCACUCUCUUCUCCCCUCGUCCCCACCUAAAACCUCACGCACCCCACCCCGCGCCGCCGCCGGGUGCCGCGAUGACCGCUGCUCCUCUCGACCUCGGGGGUGGGCGGGGCCUCCGGCUGCUGCCUCCUCUCCUCCUCCUCCCGCUCCUCCUCCUCGCCGCGCUCGCGCCCCCGGCGGCGUCGCAGCUGCCGGCCACCCCGCGGCUGCAGGCGGCGUACGCGGCGCUGCAGUCGUGGAAGCGCACGGCCAUCUUCUCCGACCCCUUCAACUUCACCGCCAACUGGGUGGGCCCCAACGUCUGCGCCUACAACGGCGUCUUCUGCGCGCCGCACCCGGCCGGCGGCGGGCUCGCCGUCGCCGGCAUCGACCUCAACCACGCCGACAUCGCGGGCUACCUCCCCGACGACCUCCCCCGGGGCCUCCCCGACCUCGCGCUGCUCCACCUCAACUCCAACCGCUUCUGCGGCGUCCUCCCGGACGCCUUCCUCCACCUCCGCCUCCUCCACGAGCUCGACCUCAGCAACAACCGCUUCGUCGGGCCCUUCCCGCGGGUGCUCCUCGCCCUGCCGGCGCUCAGGUACCUCGACCUCCGCUUCAACGACUUCGAGGGCCCCAUCCCGCCGGCGCUCUUCGACCGCCCGCUCGACGCCAUCAUCCUCAACAACAACCGCCUCACGCGCCCCAUCCCGCCCAACCUCGGCAACUCGCCGGCCUCCGUCGUCGUGCUCGCGCACAACAGGCUCGGCGGAUGCAUCCCGCCGUCCAUCGGGAGGAUGGCCGCCACGCUCAACGAGAUCGUGCUCAUCGACGAUGAGCUCUCCGGCUGCAUCCCGCCGCAGGUGGGGAUGCUCAGCCAGCUCACCGUCUUCGACGUCAGCGGCAACCACCUCCAGGGCCAGCUCCCGGGGACCGUCUCCGGGAUGUCGGCCGUCCAGCAGCUCAACGUCGCGGGCAACCUCCUCAGGGGGCCCGUCCCGGCGGCCGUCUGCGGCCUGCAGAGGACCCUCAGGAACUUCACCUACGAGGACAACUUCUUCAGCUCGCGCCCCGCCUGCGCCGCCGCCACGGCCGACGGGAGGUGGAACUGCAUCCCCGGCGCCCCCGCGCAGCGCCCGCCGGCGCAGUGCGCCGCCGCGGGCGUCCCGUUCGACUGCAGCACGGCGCAAUGCCAGGCACCACCGCCGGCGUCCGGCCCCCCUGCUGGCGGCGCGCAACAAGGAGGUGGCAGCGGGCCGCCUUCUCCGCCUGGGUCGGGCUCUGGCAGUCAGCCAUUGCCGCCGCCAGGCUCCAACACGCCGGCAUAUCCGUCGCCGCCAGGGAGCUCCACGACGCCGCCAGGUAGGUCCACGUCCCCGCCUGGGGGCUCCACCACGCCGUCAUAUCCAUCGCCGCCAGGGAGCUCCACCACGACCCCGCCGGGGGGCUCCACGACGCCGGCGUACCCAUCUCCACCAGGAGGCUCUUCGACCACGCCGCCCAACGGCGGCGGCGGCGGCCCCAACCCGUCAAUGCCGCCUUCAUCUGGGCCAUCCCAUGGUGGUGGCUCGCCUCCGUCCUCCGGCUACCAGCCGCCGUCGUCCGCGUGGUCGCCGUCCGGUCAACCCGCGGGAGCACCUCCCACUGAGCACCCCGGUGGCGUCUGGCCGCCGCAUUCGCCGUCGGUUCCAGGCACGCCAGGGUCGACCCCCGGCGCACCAGGAUCGCCAUCCACGCCGACAACUCCCGGCGCACCAGGAUCAACACACCCGCCGGCAACUCCAGGCACACCAGGAUCGCCGCCGUCCACCCCGACGACUCCCGGAUCACCAGGAUCAACAUUUCCACCGACGACCCCCGGCGCACCAGGAUCGCCGUCCACCCCAACGACUCCCGGCACGCCAGGAUCGACGUUCCCGCCGACGACCCCCAGCGCACCGGGGUCGCCGUCGGCACCAGGCUACCACCCUCCGUCCCCAGGAACACCGUCUUCUCCAGGAUUGCGGUCGCCGCCACCCCAGGGCGGCGGAGGCGACCACGGGAACCAGCACUCCCCUCCAUCCACGCCUGGCGGCGGCGGAGGCCUCCCAUUCCCGCCUGUCCACGGCGUAGCAUACUCCUCGCCGCCGCCGCCGCCAUCCGACCCCGGGAAGCUGCCGUUCCCGCCCGUCCACGGCGUGGCCUACACCUCGCCGCCGCCGCCUCUCCCGCCGCUCAACGUCCAUGGCGUGUCCUACGCGUCCCCGCCGCCGCCAACGACGCCGUACAAGAACAGCAACUAGCUGUAGCAGCCGAGCCGAGCCGAGCCGACCGGCCGGUCGCCUCCUCCGCGCCCGGGCGUUGGGCGCAUCCGCCAGGGAGGGGAACAACAGAGCGUCGUCAUCAGCACAUCUUGCACUGUAGCUGAUCCUCUUCCCCCAUUUCUUCCUUCUUCCUCCUGCUCCUCUUUUUCACUGUAGCUUUAAGUUUCUCUCCUUUGAGGUUUGUUCGAUCAGAUUGGAUUCAGAGGCUCUGCGGAUUCUUUGUUCUUUCUCUACUAGUUCUUUACUACUACAGUAGCUUCCUCACUCCA